AUGCCCAACAGCAGCUCCGUGAGUGAGUUCCUCCUGCUGGCAUUCGCAGACACGCGGAAGCUGCAGCUCCUGCACUUCGGGCUCUUCCUGGGCAUCUACCUGGCUGCCCUCCUGGGCAACGGCCUCAUCCUCACCGCCAUAGCCUGCGAACACCGCCUCCACACCCCCAUGUACUUCUUCCUCCUCAACCUCGCCCUCCUCGACCUGGGCUGCAUCUCCACCACUCUGCCCAAAGCCAUGGCCAAUGCCCUCUGGGACAACAGGGCCAUCUCCUAUGCAGAAUGUGUUACCCAACUCUUUGUCUUUGCCUUCUUGUUUGAAGCUGAGUUUUGUCUUCUCACCGUCAUGGCCUACGACCGCUACAUUGCCAUCUGCAAGCCCCUGCACUACGGGAGCCUCCUGGGCACCAGAGCUUGUGCCAAGAUGGCAGCAGCUGCCUGGGGCAGUGGCUUUCUCAAUGCUGUCCUGCACACGACCAAUACAUUUUCCCUGCCCCUCUGCCAAGGCAAUGCAGUGGACCAGUUCUUCUGUGAAAUCCCUCAGAUCCUCAAGCUCUCCUGCUCAGAUGCCUACCUCAGGGAAGUUGGGGCACUUGUGUUUAGUGUUUCUUUAGCCCUUGGUUGCUUUGUUUAUAUUGUGGUAUCCUAUGUGCAGAUCUUUAGAGCGGUGCUGAGGAUGCCCUCUGAGCAGGGCAAGCACAAAGCUUUUUCCAUGUGCCUCCCUCACCUGGCUGUGGUCUCCCUGUUUCUCAUUACCAUCAUGUUUGCCUACCUGAAGCCCCCCUACAUCUCCUCCCCAUCCCUGGACCUUGCGGUAUCUUUUCUGUACUCCGUGGUACCUCCAGCAGUGAACCCCCUCAUCUACAGCAUGAGGAACAAGAAGCUCAAGGAUGCAGUGAGGAAAUUGUUUGAAUACAUAUUUCUUCAGAAUUAA